GGGCCCAGGCUAGAUUUGAACCUCUAGCUCUGGUGUAUGUGGCUGGCGCCCUAGCCACUUGAGCUACAGGUGCCAUAUCAACACACCAUUUGUUAUUAUUUGAUUGAUGUUAUUUUUAACUUUAAAAACAAUGCAAAUAACUACAGAAGCACCAUGAUGAAGGGAAUGUCAUCGUUUGGAAAGCGUCGGAAUAAGACACAUACGUUGUGCCACUGCUAUGGCUCUAAGGCCUACCACCUGCAAAAGUCUACCUGUAGCAAAUGUGGCUAUCCUGCUAAGUGCAAAAGAAAGCACAACUGGAGUGCCAAGGCUAAAAGAAGAAAUACCACUGGGAUUGGUCAGAUGAGGCACCUGAAAAUUGUGUACCACAGACUCAGGCAUGGAUUCUGUGAAUGAACAAUGCCUAAACCCAAGAGGGCAGCUGUUGCAGCAUCCGGUUCAUCUUAAGAAUUUCAAAAAUUAGUCAUGCAAUAAAUGUUUUAGUUUUUAAAAAUAAAAAAAAUGCAAAUAACUAAUUACUUGUUAUUAUCUGAUUGUUAUUUUUUAACUUCAAAAACAGUGCAAAUAACUAAUACAAGCCUUUGGAAGGAAUUACGGAGAAUCCUCAAAGAACUCAAACUAGACCUCCCAUUUGAUCCUUCAAUCCCAUUACUUGGCCAUCUACCCAGAAGAAAAAAGAAUCCUUUUAUGUCAUAAGGACAUUUGCACUAGACUGUUUAUUGCAGCUCAGUUUACAAUUGCCAAAUUGUGGAAACAACCUAAGUGCCUACCAAUCCAGGAAUGGAUUAAUAAGCUGUGGUAUAUGUAUAUUGUGGAAUACUAUACAGCCAUUAAAAGGAUGGUGACUUUACAACUUCUGUGUUAAUUUGGAUGGAGUUGAAAUACAUUCUUCUUAGUAAAGCAUCACAAGAAUGGAGAAGCAAGAAUCCAAUGUACUCAAUUCUGAUAUGAGGACAGUUGAUGCUGGUACAUGGUGGGGGAGGAGAAUGGGGAUGCAGAGAGAGGGAAGGAGGGAGGGGGAUGGAGGGCCACAGUGAGGGACACACCUCUUGGGGAUGGGACACUAUUAUUAGAGGGAAUUUACCCAGCAAAUGCAAGCAGUGUAACCUGGCUCUUUGUAUAGUCAAUGAUUCCCCAACAAUUAAACAAAAUGCAAAUGGGCUCAGCACCUGUAGCUCAGCGGCUAGGGUGCAGGCCACAUACACCAGGGCUGGAGGGUUCAAACCCUGCCUGGGCCAGCCAAACAACAAUGAUAACUACAACAACAACAAAAAUAGCCAGGCGUUGUGGCAGGAGCCUACUGGGACUCCAGCUACUCAGGAGGCUAAGGCAAGAGAAUCGCUUAAGCCCAAGAGCCUGAGGUUGCUGUGAGCUAUGACACCAGGGCACUCUACCUAGGGUGAUAUAGUGAGACUCUCUCUCUCUCAAAAAAAAAAAAAAAAUGCAAAUGUUAUAGAAAAAUUACAAGAUAUAGAAGAAUAUAAGGGAUAAAUAAAUUGCCAGUAAUCAUCAUUAUAGUUCCUAUAUCCUUGGUAAGUUCUUCAAAAAAAUUUAGUGUGUUAAUAAUUGUAUGGACAUAUCAUAACUAUUUCUCUUUUCUCAGAUUCUUAAUUUUUUGAUGAAUAAUGCAUAUUCUUCCCUUUCCUUAUGCCCUGGAGCCUCUGGGGUUAUUUUCUUAGGAUGCGUUCUUAGUACAGGAUGUCCUUGAGUUUCAAACAUCUGACUUACAUACAACUCAAACUUACAAAUGGAGACUAUUAUAGAUAAUAGGUAAAUGUACCUGUUCCAAUUUACAUCAAAUUCAAUUUAAGAACAAAUCUACAGAACCUAUCCUGUUCAUAAUCUGGGAACAGUCUGCAGUAUUAUUUUACCAGAUCAGAAUUGAAGUGUUUUAUUUGGGACUAGGGGACUUGUAGUCAUCUUGUCCUCUAGAGGUCUUAUCAGGGCUCGGUGCCUGUAGCUCAGCAGCUAAGGUACCAACCACAUAUACCGGAGAUGGCAGGUUCGAAUCCAGCCUGGGCCUGCCAAAUAACAACGACAACGCCAACCAAAAAAUAACCAGGCAUUGUGGCAGGUGCCUGUAGUCUCAGCUACUUGGGAGGCCGAGGCAAGAGAAUUGCUUAAGCCCAGGAAUUGGAGGUUGCUGUGAGCUGUGACACCAUGGCAGUCUACAUAGUGAGACUCUGUCUCAAAAAAAAAAAAUAAAAAAAUAAAAAAUAAAGGAGGUCUUAUCAGGAACACAUGAGAAUGCCUGUCCCAUGCACUUGCCAUUGUUGUAUCAUCUGAAAGGAAAACCAUUCCAGUCAUACGAAAUGUACUUCAUUCUCCUUUCGGUCAAAUUCAUCGGCAUCCUGUGUUGUGCCAAAAUAACUGGUCUUCCUUCCCAUUACAGUGGGUGGCUGUCCCUGUUCUCUGGGCCGAAUGCCUCUUCCUAUGCAAGUUGGAUCCCCAGACCUUUCCAUGCCUUUAGGAACUUCACUGUCUACUCCUCCCUUAUUUCUUCCUCCCUCAUCAGCAUAAAAACAUGCUUUAACGUGGACUGUCUUUAAAACAAAACAAGAAUUCUGUGCCCCUUGUCUCCUUUGUUAAAAACAUUUUAUAGGCGCGAUAGGCGUGUGGCUCAUGACUGUAAUCCCAGAACUUUGGGAAGUCAUGGAGGCCAAGGCCAGCCUGGGCAACAUAGUAAGACCCCAUCUCUCCAGAAAAUAAGAAAUGUGAGCCAGGCUUGGUGGCACAUGCCUGUAGUCCCAGCUAUUUCGGAGGCUGAGGUGGGAGGAUCCGCUGAGCCAGGAGCUUGAGACUGCAAUGAGCUAUGAUCAUGCCACUGUACUGUAGUGGAUGACAGAGUAAGACUCUGCCUUUAAAAAAAAAAAAAAAAAAAAUUAUAGGAGGCUAUUGAUUUGGGCUGAGUUCUGUACUAGGCUCAGUAGACCAAACCAAAAUAGAGCUCCUCAAGCUCGGUUUCCAUGCCACGGAUCUGAAACCAACUUGUUUGUCUGACUUUCCAUGAAAUUGGGUAGAAAGAGAUAACAGCCAAAACCCCAAACAGGCCAGUUUUAGCUAUGCUAGGAAAAUCCCCUCAGCCUUAACUACCUUUAUAAGUAACUUUGAAACAACCAGUGUGUUUUUGGUUCUCUGUUUCUGCUUUCUUUGGUCCUUUGAGGGUUUUUGUUGUUUGAUUUGUUUUUUUACAGACAGGGUCUUGUUCUGACUUAUUCCAGGCUAAAGUACAGUGGCAUGGUCAUAACUCACUGUAGCCUUGAACUCAUAAGCUCAAGCAGUCCUCCUGCCUCAGCCUUCCCAGCAUCUAGAGCCAUAGGUACAUGCUACACACCCAGCUGAUGUUUUUAUUU